UAAAAUCUUUUAGUUUACGUUUCACUGGAAACCAUGUCAACCCAAUUUGUACAAAUUACUUAAUAUAAAACGACCUCCCAUAUAAGCACGCUCGUAGUCUCGUGUGACUAAGAAAAAGAUGGCCAGAACCUCGAAGGUUGUCCCUUUCGGGAAGUCCCAGUACGGGCCACUGCAGUUGCAACGCAAGACGUUCCGGAUCAUCGGGUACUAUCCGGGGGACUCCGGCUUCCUGCACUGGGCCAUGGUGGGUGUGUUUGUGUUUCACUACUGGUUCCAGAUCCAGCUGAGCUACUGGGAGAUUCGCUACGGGUGGUUAAUGAUGCGCGAGGGUGACGUGCUGGCGGCCCUCGAAGGAAUCUGUCCCACGCCGAGCCGAAUCGACGCGAUUCUCAAGUGUUUGAUUUUGAUCGGGGAGCGGAAGAAGCUGAAGAUGCUGCUGGACAAACUGGUGGAGUUGCAUGAUCAAGGAAAAGCCAGCGAGAAAUCCAUCUACCAAUGGGCCAACUAUUGGGGUCACCAGUUCACCAAAUUCGAGCUGACGUUCUUCAUAAUGACCUGUAUAUUCUUCUGUCUCCUUCCGAUGGCGACAAUGAUCUACCACGCCGUAGUAGCACCGGAUGAACCAAGAAUCUAUCUUCUACCGGCGCUAGUGGCCUUACCGUACAAUUAUGCGUACUCUCCGGCAUUUGAGUUCACCUUCCUACUUCUGGCCUUCAUCACGUUCACCCCAAGCUUCAUGCUGGCCGGAGGUGACGGUCUGUUCAUCGGUGUGUGCCUCCUUGUCACCAGCCAAUUUCGCAUCGUUCAACAGCAGCUCGAGUCCCUGAGCCGCGAAGAAGCCCACGGGACCGCUGUUGACCUAGCGAACCCAACCGCCGCCGAAAACGACCGAGUCCUAGCCCAGUUGAAGCUAAUCGCCCAACGACACAACCAGGCUAUCGAAAUUUCCCGUGAAAUGUCCUCGCUGUUCAUGCCGAACGUGUUUGCGGUUUACACCAUCGCCGCCGUCAAGAUCGGGCUGGCCUGUCUCAUCCUGAUGCAGUCCGAGGGCUUCAAGAAGCUUAUCUACAUGUUCGGAUCGCUCGGCAUUCUCACGGAGAUCUAUGUCUACUCGUACGGUGGGACGCUGCUGCUGGAAGAGAGCGAACAGAUUCGCCGCAGCGCUUACGACUUCCCGUGGUAUCGCUACGAUAAGGACGUCCGCCGGCUAAUCCAGAUGAUGAUGAUACGAGCUCGAAAGCCGUCCGGCCUCGACGUGCCCUUUUUCGAAGCAUCGGUGGCCACUUUCGGGAUGAUAAUCCGUACGGCCGGAUCCUGGGUAACCUUGAUGCAGACGUUCUUGUAAAAACUUAACGACCGGAAUAAUUGCCCUCCCAUCCCCGCUGGCCACAGUUCACUACCGGGGGAUGGUCCACUAAUGACGCGACCCCGCCACUCUAUCAUAUACACACUCCCUGCAUAAGGAUAUCAAAUCACGCGAGUCACAGCGCCAUAGAUAAUCUAACUCAUUUCCUAGAGUGCACGGCACACUGUAGCACCGCUUAGCUUUGGAUCCAGCCCUCGACAAUGUGCCCUUCGUAGCGUGCACCGUCCAUGGAAGGUUGCUGCGCUCCGGUCCGUA